AUGCUGGGAUCGGAUGACAGAUUGCCGGGAAUUUGGCUGAUGAAUCACAAACCAGUGUUCAAAUUGCAGAAGCAAGAAGGUGCAGCCGAGACACCCCAACAUGCGAACGAUGCAACAGUCAAGGCCUCUCGUGCCACUAUCCACAGCGACGGACUAGAAAGAGUAUUAGAAAAGAGAUACCACGGCAUCAAAGGUUUGGCUCCGUUUCACAUCAUUUAUCAAUAUGAAAAGCUUACCAGCUUCUAUCCAUGUAAAAGUUCUGAAAGUGAGACUCUGUCUUUGAUUCUCGAGCGGCUGCAACGCAUUGAGGGCAAAUAUUCGUCCAAGCCCUCGUCUCCUAUUGCAGGCUCCUCGUCGCAACGGCAGAAGUCUACUUGCAGUGCGACCGAUGAUGUCUCUGAGACGCCAUAUUCCACUCCAAGUCCGUCUGGGGAUCCUUCCCCAAUCCCAUCUGUUGAAGACAGCAUCGGGCUCUUGCAUUUGAGAACAAAGCCAUCCGAGGGCAUUUCUCCGGGAUCUCCCCCACUCGAUGUGGCCUACACUCUCAGCGACACCUUCGAUCGGGUCCGAGAUCUGAGGUUGAAGCGCACUGUUGGGUUGCAAGCAAUCACCACAGAGGGUGUUCUCAUCCCACCGGAACUUGCAAGGACUUGGAUCCACAACUACUUCACUUACACGCCCACGGAAACGUUCCUCAGUCUGGUUGACAGGAAAAUGAUUGAAAUGAUACCCGACAUGCUGACCAUGAAGCAUGUCACCCUCGACCCUUGCAUUCUUAUUGUGUACUACGUCAUCCUUUGGCGUGGAUGCUACAUUCUCAACACUAGAUCCUUCCAUAGUCCCGAUCGAAAGUACGCGAGACAGCUUUACCUAUGCUGUUUGCGUGCUAUCCCAACAUGGCAGCAGGAAGCGACCGGGUCAAUAACUGACUUCAUUGCUGCCAUCUUCAUGACUGGAGUUGCGACGGAAAUGUUCGACUUUGACUCAAGUUUGGAGAUGCACCAGCUAGCUUGCGACUAUGCCAAAGGCCUUCACCUGCACAGUCUUGAUGGCUACGAUUACUUCGCAGUAACUGAACCCGGUUCCACGAGAACCGAUGGCGACCGCCGAGGCAUGUGGGAGCUUAUCCAAACAGAUCUGUUCUAUCACUUGAUUUACAACAAACCGGCAAAGCUGUUCCGCAGUCUUGACAGCUGGCAGGUUAACUUGCCGUGGCUCUCGCUCGACUCGACUCCGAACAACGAUGCGCCAGUGCCAACCAUUGCGUUUCUCGUCCGCAGCCGACUCACCUUCGUUCUGAUCCAUUUUUUUCAGAUGAUCAAAACGCUUGAUAACGAAUCUGAAGCUGUAAAUUCUAUUGAGCCUCUUUGUCACGAGAUCGAGUCGCUGCUCGAAGAAUGGAGGAUUGAGGAUUGGGUUCAACGAUCUGCGCACGAAAAUGAUAUGAUCAACUUGUGGAUUCUUGGGGAUCUACUGCUCAAUGGCUAUACAUGCAUCAUCUUCAUGCUUAGAAAGGCGACGCUCCUCAAGACCAACUCGCCUAACCCCAUCUCCUCAGAUGACAACAUCCCAAAGACACACCUAUCGACUAGAAUAUCACGUCGGAUCCUGGAGUUAACCUAUCUCAUGCUGCAUGUUUGGAGGUUUCCUGCAGCUGAGGCUAUCUCAUACAUCUUGGGCGCUUACCGGGCUCAUAUUGCAUAUGCCCACAUCGCUAGCAACAUGAUCAACGCUCCGGGUCUCGAGGAGAAUGCGACUGCUGAUCUGGACUUGCUAGACCGCGUUGCCCAGAGUAUCGAGACAGCGGCUCAGGAGGAGUGCGAUUUCGCACCUUUGGUCAGGGUCAUGAAGAAGAUCAAUGCAGAAGUCCGAGAGCGUGUCACCGGCGUCGAUGGUGAUUAG